UAUACGAACUGGAGGAUCUGAAGUGACAGUAAACAGGGGCGAGCACGGGCACAGGACGGGACGCCUCCUAUUUCUCUUCAUGGUGGUUUGGACUUUCAUAGUAUGUAUGAGAAGUUAACCAUGCUGAACCUGCAGAGCGGCUCAAACUGGAGUGGGCCUAACAACUGGUACCAUGACCCCACCGGCGUCCAGACGCAACACAGCACAGUGUCUCAGGGCUGCCUCCUGGACACGGAGGGCAGCAUGGGUGGAGAGGCGGGGGGAGGAGGAUCGGGCAGAGGGGGAGGAGUCCCCGUGGAGCGGGACGAGGGCGAGGAGUCUCAGCUGAGGCUGCAGCUCAAGAGGAAGCUGCAGAGGAACAGGACCAGCUUCACACAGGAGCAGAUCGAGGCUCUGGAGAAAGAGUUUGAACGGACGCAUUACCCAGAUGUUUUUGCAAGGGAGAGAUUGGCAAACAAGAUCGAUCUACCGGAGGCCAGGAUACAGGUGUGGUUUUCAAACCGAAGAGCAAAGUGGAGGAGGGAGGAGAAGCUCCGCAAUCAAAGGAGGUCAGGUGGUGUGACUUCCUGUUCGCAGAGCCAAGCCCCUCUGAGCACAUCCUUCAACACAUCUGUCUAUCAUCACCAGCAGCACGGCAGCAGCUCAGGGUCCAUGUUGAGUCAGGCUGAGUCGUCCCUGCCCAGCUACAGUUCGCUGUCUGUUUUCUCAUCCGGAGUCCAGUCCAUUCCUCCCCAGUCGGCAUCGUCUUAUUCCUGCAUGUUACCUCCAUCUCCGUCUGCUCCACGCAGUUUUGACUCAUCCGCCUACUCCUCCCCUCAUCUGCAGAGUCCGCCCUCUACCAACUCCAACACAGUGACCGGGAUGGAGCCGGCUCUUCUGCUGCUGGUGGUUCUCAACUUCAUUGGAAGCGCGUCCGCGGAGCCGGAGCAGUACAGCAGAGCGGUGGACUGGCUGAGCAGGUACGGCUACCUUCCUCCUCCUGACCCACGUACAAGUAGACUGCAGACCAAAGAGGGGAUUGAGAAUGCAAUUCGGGUCAUGCAGAGGUUCGGGGGGGUCAAAGAAACUGGAGUGCUUGACGCUGCAACCCUCAAACUCAUGUCUACGCCGCGAUGCUCGCUCCCCGACAUUGUAGGAGUUGAGGACAUGAGGAGGAGGAAGAGGCGGAGGAAAAGAUACGCUCUGUCAGGCCUCAAGUGGGAUAAGACGGACCUCACUUGGAGUAUCCACAGCUACCCAACACCCUCCACCUCACCUGACCUCCCUAAGGAGGCGGUGGAAAGCCUGCUGUUUCGUGCCUUCAAAGCUUGGAGUGACGUGACCCCCCUGAAUUUCCGUAGAGAGACAGCUGAAGGUGACAUCAAAAUAUCUUUUGCAAGCCUGCUCCAUGAUGAUGGGUACCCUUUCGAUGGACAGGGAGGCACCCUGGCCCACGCCUUCUUUCCCGGCAAGACUGAAAUAGCCGGUGACACGCACUUUGAUGACCAUGAGAUCUGGAGCUAUGGAGGUGACAGCAGCACCACAGACCUUUUCACAGUGGCUGUGCACGAGUUGGGCCACGCCCUCGGCCUGUCUCACUCGUCCUCUGAUCCGUCAAUCAUGAGACCGUACUACCAGGGUCCUGUAGGAGAUGCCGCCACCUUCAAGCUGGAUCUGGACGACAAGCUGGCCAUCCAGCAGAUCUAUGGUGUGAGAGAGGGUGGGCGACCGGACGCUAGUGAUCCUGGCAUCCCACGCCUGCCCAGUCCCCCUCCUCCAAGGCCAACGCACUCGUAUGAUCCUUCAUCCCAACAGAGGUGUCAGGGAGGCUUUGAUGCCGUGGCAAACAUCAGGGGAGAGGUCUUUUUCUUUAGGGGUCCACAUUUCUGGAGAACUAAGCGAGACGGGUCGUUGGUGUCCCUGAGGCCGGCGCAGAUCAAAAACUUCUGGAUGGGCCUUCCGUCUGAUGUUAGCAAGAUUGAUGCUGCGUACGAGAGGAAGUCUGACCAUAAAAUCGUCUUCUUUAUCGGAUCUCAGUACUGGGUUUUUAAAGACACACAGGCCAUGCGUGGGUAUCCCCGGCCCGUCUCUGACUGGGGUAUGAAGACAAAAGCCGGGGCACCCGUGGGCAAGGUGGACGCAGCCUUCAUCUGGGCCCAUAAUGGCAAAACCUACCUGUUCAGUGAAGGGGAGUUUUGGAGGUUCGAUGAGGGCCGCAGGGAUGAGCAGGUGCCCAAGCAGCCAGAGUCGGGCUACCCACGGGACAGCAGCCUCUGGGGAGGAAUGCCCACCCAUAUGGAUGACGUCAUUAGCUCGAGAGAAGGAGAUGCCUACUUCUUUAAGGACAACCUGUACUGGGUGCUGACCAAGGGAGGGCUGACCCAGGACAUCGUGACUCCGAGGUCCACUGCAGUGGACUGGCUCAGAUGUCCAGCUCCUCCUCCCCCUUCUCCUACGCUAGCUCCACGAUUCCCAAAGGGAUGCAAGUGUGACUUGAGCGGAUCUUCCCCUUCUCUGAGGAGCAGCUGGCUCCUCCUGAUCUCUGUUGUACUGGGAAUGAAUGAGCUGAUUAGACACCUGAUGUUGGGAUUUCUUUGAUGUGUGUUCAAAACUGAGUGGAUGUUUUUGUGCUACUUUUAUCAUGUAUCAGUAUGUAGAGACUCUUUACAUCAUCAUAUACUCAUGGAAAAUCGUAACUCACACGCUGGUGUCAAAAUUACAUGUUACAAAAAGCUUUUUGAAAUAUUUCAAUUGCAGGCCUUUUAAUACUUUGUCACAUCAAAACAAAUUGUCAAUCUGUAUAAGGGUCAAUGACGUGACGCCUAUAUUUUCUGAAAAACAGAU